UAUACAGGUAUCAUAAAGAUUGUUAAAUAAAGGACCCUUAUAAUAGGCAGCCAUACCCCUACCCAUAAAUAAAUUAAAUAUAAGGAACGCCUACUAUACCCAAUGACCGCCCCCUUUAUAAUUGCGACCAUUAAAUUAGCGACAAUUUCAAUUGGACUCAAACAUACUCAUAUAGAGCCAAAAGGACCAAGUCUAAUCGUUGUGGGGAUGACUGACGGAGGGUAUGGACAGGAAACGGGAGGCCCGGGAGACAAUUGGCGGACAAUGAGGCGAUUGUAUGGAUUGAGUGCCGAAGACAAUGACCACAACUCAGUCGCCAAACCCUCCGACACUCCUCACGUGGUGUAUCGACUCAUGAGUGAGAAGAACAGGCAAUCCCUGAGGAAGAGCUCAUCGGCCGCAGCGGACACGACGCCCACCACUGCCACCAAAACCCGAUAUCUGGUGUCACAGAAGACCGGAAAAGUGUACCAAAUUGUCCACAAGAAUGGCGUUCAACAGAUCCAGACACCAGUGGUUCGCGAGUUACGCGAACCCGAGUCCGACCUCAUCAGUGAUGACCAGUUCUUCAAGUAUUUGGGACUCAUUGACAACAAAUCACUGGAGACUCAGACCAAGUGUGCGCUCAAUCUGUGGCCACUCAGAGAGAUCUCCAAAGUGAAGAACAAACUCAAGACUAACCCAAACGGAGACCUCAUUCUCACAAACAUCGCUUCCAAUGGAUCCUCUAAUACGUCUGAGGAGACGGAGAAGACGGAAGUGAGUCGUCGGACAGCAGCCAAACAGCAGUGGUUGGAUGAGGUGCGCGACAACACUCAGAAUCAUUUGCAGAGAUUUCAGGACCAGAUGAGUGACAACGGGUCGCUAUAUCUCAGCAAAGACUCCAUGAAUCUGUUGAGCGGUUUUGAAUUGUCGUCUUUUAUGGGGAAACGG